AUGGCGCAACAACAAGAGACAGACGAACUGAGGUUGGCGGCAGAGAAACUCAGAUUGUCAAGGGGCUACCUGAAGGGGCACGACCUCACUAAAGUGAGCGUCGUCAAGCAAACCUUCCUCGGAUCUAAAAGGCAGCGAAAACCAGCUUCGGACCAGACCGCAAAGGUGCAUAAAAAGCUUGAGAGUAUGUUGACGGCCAUAUAUGUCAAGUGUGGCCCUCUCAUGUUCGUUCUGUGCUGCGUAGCUUUUAGCACGCACACGCUGUAUAAAUUCAGUACAAAAGACAAGAUGUCUGAGGUGAUUGAUGGGCUGGAGGAGUGGAAAUCAACCGACGAAUGGAAGUCGCUUUCGGCGGAUUGUAGAGGGGAAGACCUUAUCCGCAAUGCAUUCAACAACAAGGAGUUCGCGGCAGCACUGCGCAAGAUCGACCAGGAAAAGGCCGGCCGAUUUACCCCAGUACGAGACAGCCCGCCAGUACAGCAAGUCGAAACAGACAGCCCGCCAUUACAGCAGAUCGAAACAGACUGCUGGCAAUUUCAGCAGGCCAGAGAAAAGUGCCGGCCAUUACAGCAGGCCAGUACAGACUGCCAGCCAUUGCAGCAGGUUAGUGCAGACUACCGGCCAUGGCAGCAUUUCAGCACAGAGUACCAGCCAUUGCAGCAGGCCAGUCCUCGACCCGUUCCCAUCCUACCCGCCAAUGACCCUCCCAUUGACCAUGGCCCAACAAAUGGGGGUUUCUGGGCCCAAUCAGUCUCGAGCAGCCCGCCCUGGACUGGGUCGGCGAGCGAUGGUGGUCUCGGGACUCCGGAAACCCUCGGUCCUGGCGUUAAUGCGGUGCCUGCUCCCAUUAUCCGCAUUUCAGACCUGACGGAGGCGAUGCAGAUCGCCUGCACGUUCAAGACUUUCAACCAUCGCCUGGAACUAUCACCAGAUGGCUGCUCACGGUUGAAAAUAACCAUGGAGGUUGACUGCACACUUGACGAAGCCCGGUUUCUCACACAGUACAGGCUUCCUUUGCCGCCGUCGUCGCUGUGA